UCUGCAGCUUAUGCUGGGGAAGAGGAGUUUAAGGCGGGCUCUGUCGGGGAGGAGCACCUGCAGGACGACGGCCUCUCAUUGGACGGCCAGGACACAGAGUUCCCCUACAACGAGGAGGAGGAGGAGGAUGGAGGAAGGCUUCCUGCCAGCUUCCAGGACUCUCCCCUCAGCAACGGCACCAACCCAGACGCAGGUUAUGGCUCCCCGCUCAGCGACGCCAGCGACCGGCUCACGGACUUCCGCAGCAGCUCGUCCAGGGACGGCCAGGAGCGCGAGGAGGUGCCCCUGGUCCCGCGGCUGGAGAACGGCCUCUCUCUGAGGGACAGCCUGGCGCAGAUGAAAGCCGUCUAUGCAAACCUGAUCUCAGAUGCCUCCUGGUCCAGUAUCGCCAUGGACAUCAUGAAGGCCAAGCCGACCUCCGCCUCUGGCAACGCCACCAACCCCAACCCCACCACCACCACCACCUCCUCCAUCUCCGCGUCCACCACCUCUACCCUGCAGACCAGCGAGGGCAGCCAUGCUAGCAGCCACCUUCACCACCAUCACAACGGCAGGAGCAGCAGCAGCACCAACCACACAGGCAGCGGAAGUACCAGUGCUAACGGCACCUCGGCUAGCUCAGUUAGCGCCAACACUGGCACUAGCAGCAGCAGUGGAGGGGCAAUGGGGGGUAGUGGUGCCAAUAACGGUGGAGGAGUGGCCUACGACUGGCACCAAGCAGCCCUGGCCAAGACCUUCCAGCAGAACCCCUACCACCUCCUCCCAGAGCCCAGUCUGUUCAGCACCGUGCAGUUGUACCGCCAGAACAACAAGCUGUACGGCUCAGUCUUCACCGGAGCCAGCAAGUUCCGCUGUAAGGACUGCAGCGGCGCCUACGAUACUCUGGUGGGCCUGACGGUCCACAUGAAUGAGACAGGCCACUACCGGGACGACAACAAGGACAAAGAGGAGGACCGGGGCAAGCGCUGGUCCAAGCCCCGCAAGCGCUCGCUGAUGGAGAUGGAGGGGAAGGAGGAUGCCCAGAAGGUUCUGAAGUGUAUGUACUGCGGACACUCCUUCGAGUCUCUCCAGGACCUGAGCGUCCAUAUGAUCAAGACCAAGCAUUACCAGAAAGUGCCUCUCAAAGAACCUGUGCCAGCCUUGGCCACCAAACUGCUGCCCUCUUCCAAAAAGCGAGCCCUCCAGGACUCCCUUGUGUCUCCAUGCUCCCCAGAUUCAGCCCCCGGAAUUGUGGGGAACAUGUCCAUGUUGGGGGACUCUGGGGGAAAGGACCCCAAGGCCCCUGCCAACCCCUAUGUCACCCCCAACAACCGCUAUGGCUACCAGAACGGUGCCAGCUACACCUGGCAGUUUGAGGCCCGCAAGGCUCAGAUCCUGAAGUGCAUGGAGUGCGGCAGCUCCCACGAUACCUUGCAGCAGCUGACGGCUCACAUGAUGGUGACAGGCCACUUCCUGAAGGUCACCAACUCCGCCUCUAAGAAGGGGAAGCAGCUGGUGUUUGACCCAGUGGUUGAGGAAAAGUUCCAGUCCAUUCCUCUACCCCCCACCACUACCCGUCUCCCCAUCCCCAGCCUUAAGUCCCAGCCUGUAUCCCCGGCCCUCUCCUCCGGCUCCGAGGAGAAGAGGGAAACCGAGGAAGAGGUCAGAAUGGAGCUGGGCGAACCAAUGGAGAAGAAGAUCAAAGAAGAGAAGGAGGACUCAGAUGGGUCCAAGUCGGAGACCACAUCAUACAAGUACCUGACUGAGGAAGAUCUGGAGGAGGCUCCUAAGGGAGGCCUGGACAUACUCAAGUCCCUGGAGAACACGGUGUCCAGCGCCAUCAGCAAGGCCCAGACUGGCACCCCGACUUGGGGGGGAUAUCCCAGCAUCCACGCUGCCUACCAGCUCCAUGGCUCCAUAAAGGCCUCCACAGUGUUGCCCCCUACAGUCCAGAGCCUGCAUAUGCAGCCUGUGCACAGCAGCAGCCUUCGUGGUGGCCUGGGUACCGACACUAGCUCCUUCAUCCACUCCCCCCACAGCCCCACCUCCUCUCCUCCCCUCAGGAGCAAUGUGUCGGCCAUGGAGGAGCUGGUGGAGAAGAUGACCGGCAAGGCCCCCUCUGUGAAGAAGGAGAAGGAGGAGAAGAUGGUGAGUCUGGAGCGUUGCAGACCUCCUUCCUCCCUCAAAUCCCCCUCUCCUGUCUUGAGGGAGCAGAGGGACCGUCUACCAUCUCCCAAUGCCGUGAGCGUGAGCAAGCCCCUGGCCAGGAAUUGCAGUCCAGGCAGUUUUGCAGACGUGGAGCUGGUAUGCAAGAAGGAGCCCAAAGAGACCCUUCUGGAUGGAAACAACCACUCUAAGAACGGGACGGAGUCUCGCCAGUCCCCUGUCACCAACGGCAACAGCUUGGGCAUUAUCACCGAUCACUCACCAGAGCGGCCUUUCGUCAACCCCCUCAGCGCGCUGCAGUCAAUCAUGAACACCCACCUGGGAAAGGCCUCCAAGACUGUCAACCCAGCAGGAGACCCCCUGGCCAUGCUCUACAAGAUCAGCAACAGCAUGAUGGACAAGCCUGCCUUCCACCAACCUCAGGCCAAGCACGCCGAACCAAUCAACCGCUUCUUCUACGAGAACAACGACCAGCCCAUAGACCUGAGGAAGUCCAAAACUUCCUCCUCCUCCAACAACUCCAACAACAACAACAACAACAGUAACAGCAGUGGCAGCAGCAGUGUCGUCAAUGGCAACAAACCUAUCAUGUCCCUCCCCGACUCCUUGUCCUCUCCUCUGAGGGAGAACGCUUUGAUGGACAUCUCGGACAUGGUGAAGAAUCUGACCGGCCGACUGACGCCCAAGUCCUCGACCCCUUCCUCUGUUUCAGAGAAGUCCGACGCGGACGGCAGCGCGUUCGAGGACGCCCUGGAGGACCUGUCGCCGGUCCAGAAGAGGAAAGGUCGCCAGUCCAACUGGAACCCCCAGCACCUCCUCAUCCUCCAGGCCCAGUUUGUAUCCAGCCUGAGGGAGACCCCCGAGGGCCGCUACGCCAUGACGGACCUGGGCCCCCAGGAGAGGGUGCACAUCUGUAAGUUUACUGGCCUCUCCAUGACAACAAUUUCACACUGGCUGGCCAACGUCAAGUACCAGCUGAGGCGGAGUGGUGGAACCAAGUUCCUGAAAAACCUGGAUUCCUGCCAGCCGGUCUUCUUGUGCAGCGAGUGCGCCUCCCAGUUCAGGACUCCGUCCUCCUACAUCGCCCACCUGGAGUCUCACCUGGGCUUCAGCCUCAAAGACCUGUCCAAGCUGUCUGCCGAGCACCUGCGGGAACAGCAGGCCGUCUCCAAGGUGAUCUCAGACAAACUGACGUUAGGCAGCUGCCUGGCGGGACUGACCGCUCCGGAGGACGAAACAGGUUCAGUGUACCAGUGCAGGCUCUGUAAUCGGACAUUCGUCAGCAAACAUGCGGUCAAGCUGCACCUCAGCAAGACCCACGGCAAGUCUCCAGAGGACCAUCUGGUGUUCGUCACAGCUCUGGAGAAGAUGGAGAAAGUGUAAGAUAGUUCUCGGGGAUGAGCGAGAAAGAAAGAUAAACUGACAGAUUGACUGACCGCUGUGGAACUGACCAGAUUUUCAUUGCACUAAAAGAACGUUCACAGUUACUGCACUGGGCCGAACUGAGCCGCCAGAAAUCAGUCUUAUUAUUUUGUUUUAGUUGUGAUACUGCCUGACUGGACCAUGUCUUUUCAUGUUGUUUUGUUUUGCCAAGCUUUUUUAACACUUAUUUUGUAUUGUAUUUAUAUGGUAUUUGUCUGAACUGUGCAUGUAGUUUUGUGAUUCAAGGUUAAACACAAGAAUUUAAUCUUUUCAUGGCAAAAAAUAUGACUACUGCUUCAAUAGUGACAAAGGUGGUGACUGAAAAUUUUAAUUGGAGAAAAGACAGCUGUAUAAUACUUGAUAUGAAGAAGGUGAAAAUUAAUUGUAUACAUCAAAAGAAUGGAAGAAUCCUAUGAGAAACUGAAGUAGCACCUUACUGAAGAAAUCAGAAUUUUAUUUGUGAAGAAAACUUGUUCAGAAUUUUUUGGACAAGGAUUAUAUAUAUUUUCCUCUUCUCAUCACUACAACAUUUUUAUAUAUGGCCUGUUCAGAAACUUGUCUGUAUAUGAAUUUGUUCGAAAAAGAAAAAUCAUGUUAACCAUCAUGUAAACAUUGGGGAUAAUUAAAAUGCUGCUUGUGGUAACAAGUCAAUCAGUGAAAAUGGCCGUACAGUAUGCAAGUUCGCUCUGAAACAAUUUUUUUCUUGAUGUGAAGUAUCACCUUAUAGCAAUUUUGGAAUUGUAUGGUUUGUUACAACUUUCUCUUUCUAAAUUGUGCCGCUAUGAAUUAAACCAUUAAAACAAGAGUCCAUUACACAUUAAUGGUUACUGGUGAAUUGACAACACUCCAUAAGACAUAUCUUACCAUUUGAAACAGCUCUACAUUCUUUGUACUUAAAGGUGUGUGCAUUCUUUAACUUUUAUAUUGUCAUUUUAUAUACAAAAUAAUAAAAAUAAAACUAAUUGUGUACAUAGAUAUAUACUGUAGCUACAAAAUGUCUUUUUUUUUAAAGAAAAUACAAAUGUAGCUUCUUUGGCUUGGUUUACAGAAAUUAUUUGAAUUAUACUUGCAUCCAAUUUGAUGCAUGAUAUGGUGUGAAAAAUUAAUAAGCGAUGCACAAUGACUAUACAUUUCAAUGUUUUAUCAAUGAUAAUUGUAAAAAAAAUCUUUUUAGCACCAAAUAGUUUGUUUCAUUUUGUUUUGUUCUUUCUCAAAUUGUAAAAUAAACCCCAAAGCAGUUCUUGUUAAAAGUCA